AUGGGUGCAGUGGGUGUGCGCUCCCAUGAAAUUCAUCUCAUUUAUCAACGCGACUCUCAUUUUAUUCGAAUGUUACGACAGAGUAUCGUUUUUGGACGUAGAACGUUGGUCACGUCAACCAGGCGUACGGCAUACACCGCAGUCAGAAAAUCACCGCCUCCAGCAACUCCUGUGGUAGAAACCGUUCGCAAAGAAACCGAGCCAAAUUCCACAGAAAAACCAAUUUCCUUCAAUGACAACCCAAUGAUCACCAGUAUUUCUAGUAACGCGAAUCCACAUGAGAAUGCCAUCGACUGGUCAGGCUCGUUUCAUGGAUUGGGAGCUGCGGCUUUUCCGAAGGAAACUAUCGACAUUCUUCUCGCCCCCAUUUCCAAAGAAGAUAUCGAAAUCAAGCCAGAUGGACUUCUUUAUCUUCCUGAAAUAAAGUAUAGACGAAUUCUCAACCGGGCGUUUGGUCCAGGAGGCUGGGGGCUUGCGCCGAGAACAGAAUCACACAUUACACCCAAACAAAUAUCUCGUGAAUACGCCCUUAUUUGCAACGGAAGACUUGUCAGUGUGGCCCGCGGCGAGCAGGAUUACUACGGAGGCGAGGAAAAGAUCACCACUGCGUUGGAGGGAUGCAAAAGUAACGCCUUGAUGAGAUGUUGUAAGGAUUUGGGAAUUGCCAGUGAAUUGUGGGAUCCCAGUUUUAUUCGUAAAUGGAAGAAGGAUUACUGUGACGAGGUGUUUGCGGAACAUGUGACCACCAAGAAGAAGAAGAAGCUCUGGAAGCUCAAGCUGAACAAGACGCUCGACUAUCCAUACAAGAUUGUGUAG